UGAUGAAUUACUACUUAUUUGCAGUUCCAGGAGAAUAUGGGACAGAGAAGAGAACAGUGCAUGCAUGUCAUUUGAUUAGCAAUAGACUGGACACUCUACUGGUCUUGCCCUUCUUUGGCAUCUUGCAGGCCUGUUAAUGUUGUUGUGCUUCAGAAAUUGUCCUGGACCCCCUUCUCUAUCUACGCUAUCACUCCCACAUGGACCUCAGCAGCUCUACACAAAAUCCUGAAAAGAAGGAAUAUUCUUCUGUAUGUGUUGGCAGAGAAGAUGCUCUUAAAAAGUCUGAAAGAAUGACAGCUGUUGUCCAUGACCGAGAAGUGGUCAUUUUCUACCACAAAGGAGAAUAUCAUGCUAUGGAUAUUCGUUGUUACCACUCAGGAGGACCUUUACAUUUGGGAGAAAUAGAGGAUUUUGAUGGACGAUCUUGUAUUGUUUGCCCCUGGCAUAAAUACAAAAUUACUUUGGCAACAGGAGAAGGACUGUAUCAGUCUAUAGAUCCUAAAGAUCCAUCAGCAAAACCCACGUGGUGCUCCAAAGGAAUAAAGCAAAGAAUUCAUACGGUGACGGUGGACAACGGGAAUAUUUAUGUAACUCUUUCUACUGAACCUUUCAAAUGUGACUCUGAUUUUUACGCCACUGGAAUCUUCAAAGUAAUUCAGACUUCUUUAUGAUAAAAAUAUAUGGUAAU